AUGCCCGAGAUCCACGAGCAGUGCUUCAUGCCCGACAGCCGAAGGCAGGUCCGCGCGCAGAAGGCGGGGGUCAUCGGCAUCAGCUCGGAGAGGCGCAUCAUCACCGCGGUCAGGAAGUGGUGCCCCGUCCCCUCGGCCCCCGCCACGAAGAUCAGAAACUCGACCUGCGACUGCUGCCCGAAGCCGUCGCUCGGCGGCGGGCUCGGGGCGGAGGCGUCGCUGUCAGAGGCGUCAGAGGGCAGCGGCGACGACGCGGAGCCGUCGGCCGGCGCUGACCUGUCGGGGCCUGGGAGCUGCGACUGGAUGACUGCAGAGGAGAAGCAGACGGCCGAGAGCGAGAUCGUGGCCCACACGUUCGGCGGCUUCGGGGACGGCGUCCGCAGAAUUCUUCGGCAGGCGGCGGACCAGCUGAGUAACAAACUUUCGCACGCUCAGCACCUCGAUGAGGUCACAUGGACCACCAAGAACUGGCACGGGCUGCAGAUGCAGCGCUUGUCUGUCGUUCUCCACACCGCCGUGGCGUGGCAGACGGUGAACGAGCUAGCGUGCGGGGACAGCGGCAUUGUGCACGGAGCUAAGUGCAUUGCCGUUCUUAACGGAGUCGCUUAG